AGUCCACUCCCUUCACUUCAACGACCACUCCAUUCCUUCCGAAUUCCCUUCUUCUCCUCCGUUGCCGCCUUCUUCUUGUGAGAUUUUCAGAUGUUGUUGUUGUUGCAGAACCACCAUUACUCCUCAACUCUCCUCUCUCCUCAAUUAUUCCAUUCACCUCGCUAUCGACACCGCCAUCAGAGAGCUUCUUAUUCUUCUUUUCCUUGCUGCUGUCUCGGAAACCCCAACCCGGCGGCCCUUUUCUCCUCUCUAUCAGCCCUCCCGCGGCCUUUCUUGGAGCCAUGGCUGGCGGAUAUCACCACGAUUGAAGUACCCGUCCCCUUGCCGGAAGACGGCGGUGGCCCUAUUGAGCUCCCUUUCCCUACUGCUCCUUCCAUCUUCGCCACCACCGACGACCCUUCCCUGCUGCAGAUUGCGACCAGCGUGCUGCUCACUGGGGCAAUCCUGAUAUUCCUCGUUCGCUCCAUCCGCCGCCGUUUUAAGCGCGCCAAGGAAUUGAGAUUUAGAUCAUCAGGGGCUACUAAGAAGACGUUGAAAGAUGAGGCAUUGGAAAGCUUGAAGGCCAUGGGAGCCGCGGCUCCAGUUGAAGAAGGUAAGAAGCCUACUUCACCUGUGCAGGCACUACUAGGUGGAAUAUCUGCAGGUGUCAUAGCCCUUAUUCUCUACAAGUUCACCACCACCAUUGAGGCAUCUCUCAACCGGCAGACCAUAUCAGAUAACUUCUCGGUUCGCCAAAUAACAAUUACUAUCAGGACCAUCAUCAAUGGGUUGUGCUACCUUGCCACGUUUGUUUUCGGCCUUAACUCUGUCGGUUUAAUCCUGUACUCUGCCCAGCUCACGAUGAACUCUUUCAUGGAAGGGGAAGAAAUUGAAGCUGGCGAAGGAGAAAGGUUUUCAGAUCCGUUCGACUCAACUUCUGAUGGCGAUCAGAGCAGUCAGAUGGAUGAAAAUACGGACGAUGGUCAAUAGUGUAAAUAAGCAGCGCGACCAGUGUAGUGUUCUUGGAAGGACUUUCUCAUUCAAGUUUUGUAACUAGAAAGAACACAACAGUUUUGAGAUUUUUAUUCCAGAUGACAAGAGGAGCUUUGAACAGCAAAAUGAUCUUUAACUCCAUUGGUGAGUUGACCCAAAGAGAACAAUGUUCUAUACAUGAUUCCUUCAGGCAACUUCCAUAAACCCGUUUUCUCUCUUUAUUCAGUACUACUGCUUAUAUGGAACAGGAAUCCUCUGAGUAGUAGGCCCAGCAACCAUGUCCUCCCACAUCAGAUCAGAAAGUGCCAUUGUCAAUUCUCCCACCUUCCCAUCUCCAAUGAGCUGAUCAUCCCACAUCACAAUAGGCAACAAGGGG